ACCAACUAUAAGCAGUGGUGAGUUUCUUAUUUGGUUCACCCACAACACAAAGAAGUUGCUGCGGAAAAAAAGAGAAAGCAAGACAAUAGUGGGAAAGGUUCGAUUCGAGAGCACGAUGUCAAAGUUCAAGGAAGUGCUCGGCAUCAACGACGUCAGCUCCGCGUCCAACAUCAACGCGCUGUGGCGCGCCCUGCUGGCCGAAUUCCUAGGCAACUUUUUGCUAAACUUUUUCGGCUGUGGGUCCGUGGUCGUCGUGACCAAGACGCUCGGCGGCGCGGACCUCGUCAUGGUUCCCUUCUGUUUCGGCCUGGUCGUCUUCAUCGUCGUCCAGAGUCUCGGUCACGUGAGCGGCGCCCAUAUCAACCCCGCAGUCACCUUCGCCAUGAUGACCGUCAGACGCGUGCCCCUCAUCAAAGGUUUGCUCUACGUGGUGGUGCAGUGCGCGGGGUCCUUGGCCGGCUCCGCCACCCUGAUGGCUCUGACGCCCGAAGAGUGGCACGACCUCGGAUUAGGGAUCACCACCGUCAAUCCCGUCCUCAAACCGGUCCAGGGAUUCGGUAUCGAGUUCUUCCUCGGUUUCCUGCUCGUCCUGGUGGUUUGUGGCGUUUGCGAUCCCAAUAGGCCGGACGCCAAGGCCGCGGGACCGCUCGCCAUAGGCUUGGCCGUGACCUUGGGCCACUUGGGCCUUAUCAAGUACACGGGGGCUUCGAUGAACCCCGCCCGUAGCUUCGGGUCGGCCGUCGUAGCCGGCGUGUGGACCGAUCACUGGAUUUACUGGAUCGGACCCUCGCUGGGCGGCAUAGCCGCCGCCCUCGUCUACGUCAACGCCUUAACCGCGCCGCCCCUCGGUCCUGUCAAGAUCAUCGAAAGGUACACAAACGUCAGGGAUGAGAAGGAAUGAGCCGGGGAGCGCUUGAGCUACGAAACGGGUGUCGCUGAGGAGAUUGGACGGCAACAAAGACAACGACAAUUUCGCCUAGGCGGAUCGCCGGAACAUCUAGCGUGUGUGUGUUUUUCAUUGAUUUCGCAUUUUGUAACGUUUAACUUAUUACGUAUUAUAUUCGUGUUCAAUGUACUCGUAGACAUAAACUACCUUUUAAGUAAUGCCAUUGUGUUGUACAUAAAGAGCUGAUAUUAAACGUUUUUGAUGAAAAAUGGUCAU